AUGAGGUCGAUCAUCAUCGCCUCUCUUGUGGCUUUAGCCCUCGCCUCUUCCCCGGCUUUUGAGCGCACCUUUGAGCCAAAGACCGAGUACCACUACAAACUCGAUGGGCUUAUUCUCUCCGGACUUCCAACCACCUCCUCCGAAUCUUCCCAGUCCCGCAUCUCGGCUCGUGCCCGCAUCCAGGGAGUCGAUGACCGUUACGUCCACUUCCAACUCAUCAACAUCCGCAUGGCUGCCUCGCACCUUCCGGAGUCGGAACAGAUGCCAACCUUGAACUCUAUGGAGCAACGCGAGAUCUCUGAGGAGUACAAGCAGAUGCUUGAGCUCCCAGUCCGUGCCCAACUCAGAAAUGGACUCGUUUCCGAGCUCCAGUUUGAGCAGGAGGAUGCUGAAUGGUCGAAGAACAUGAAGAGAGCUGUCCUCAACAUGAUCUCCUUCAACCCAAUCGCCCCAAGAAAUGAGGUCGAGAAGAUCGAGAGCAACUUCCAGGAUGAGCAGCCAACCGACGAGGAGAACACCGCCUUUUUCACCAACGAGAAGACCCUCGAGGGAGACUGCCAGGUCGCCUACACCAUCGUUCGCGAGCAGAAGAAAACCAUUAUCACCAAGUCCAUCAACUUCGACAAGUGCACUGAGCGCUCCGAGGUCGCUUACGGAAUCCGCUACUCGUCCGAGUGCCCAGAAUGCGAGAAGGACACCCAGGUCAUCCGCCCACAAACUGUCUACACCUACGUCCUCGAGAAGGACCAACUCGUCAAGGCUGAGGUUCACUCCGUCUACACCAUCAACGUCAACGGACAGGAAAUCAUGAAGACUGAGACCCGCUCGCAGCUCAACUUGGAGGAGACCCACUCCACCAACAACAACAUCAAGAAGGUGAGAGAAUUUCAAUGGAUUUCAGUGUUUUAUCCAAAUUUCAGGCCAAUGGAGAGAAGGAAGACAUCAUCUACUCUUCCCGCUGGGAGCAGCUUGUCGAGGACUUCUUCAAGAACGGAGACAAGUCCGAGUUCGCCCCAUUCGAGAAGUUCCCACUUGACAAGAAGAUCCAACUGAUCAAGACCAUCACCGAGCAAGUCCAAGAGGUCGAGAACAACAUGCCAGAGACCGCUCACUUCCUCGCCCGCCUUGUACGCAUCUUCCGCACCUCCACCGUCUCCCAGCUCCAGAAGAUCCACGAGACCGUCUACAUCAAGGCUGACAAGAAAGUAAAAAAAUUAUCAAUUGCUUUUCGCAUACUUUACUUUACAGAUCCAAGCUAUGAUUGAGCACGCUCUCGCCAUCGCCGGAACCAAGAACACCAUCCAACACCUUCUCACCCACAUCGAGAAUGAAGACAUCCACCCAAUUGAGGCCGCUCAGCUUCUCAAGUCGAUCCAGGAGACACCAUACCCAUCUGAGAGCAUUGUCGAUGGCCUCAUCAAGUUCGCAGAGUCUCGUGUUGCCAAGACGAACCAGCUCAUCAGCCAAUCCGCGUGGCUCGCUUGCGGAUCCGUUGUUCGCGGAAUCGUCGACUACAAGAACGUCCGCCCACUCGUCCGUGAGGACAAGCGCGAGAUCAAGCAGAAGUUCCUUCGUGUCUUCAUGCAGCAGUACGAGAACGCCGAGAACACUUACGAGCAGAUCCUUGCCCUCAAGACCAUCGGAAACGCCGGACUUGACAUCUCUGUCAACCAGCUCAACGAGAUCAUUGUUGAUAAGCGCCAGCCACUCCCAGUCCGUAAGGAGGCUAUCGAUGCUCUCAGACUCCUCAAGGACACCAUGCCACGCAAGAUCCAGAAGGUGCUCCUCCCGAUCUACAAGAACCGCCAAUACGAGCCAGAGAUCCGCAUGCUCGCUCUCUGGAGAAUGAUGCAAACCCGCCCAGAGGAGCCACUCCUCGUCCAGGUCGUCUCGCAGAUGGAGAAUGAGUCCAACCAACAGGUUGCCGCCCUCACCUACCAGAUGAUCCGCCAGUUCUCCCAGUCCACCAACCCAUGCUACCAGCGUGUCGCCUACGAGUGCUCGAGAAUCCUCUCCUUCACCCGUUACCAGCCACAGGAGCAGCUCAUCGCUUCGGCCUACGCCCAGAUCCCAAUGUUCUCCCAAAACGCCUACUCUGGAGCUCAAUUCGACUUCGCCGCCGUCUUCGAGAAGAACUCCUUCCUGCCAAAGGACCUCCACGCUUCCCUUGACUCUGUCUUCGGAGGAAACUGGUACAAAUACCUUGCCCAGAUCGGCUUCUCCCAGCAACACAUGGACCAAUACAUCUGGAAGGCCCUCCAGAAGCUCGAGUCUUUCGAGAAAGAAUCAACCACCGUUGUCCGUGGACGCCGCGUCCAAACCGGAAUCAAGAUGCUGAAGGAGCUCGCCCAGCAGAUGAACAUCCGUGCCCGCCCAUCCAUGCAAAACGAGAAGAACGCCUUCGCCAUGGUCUACCUCCGCUACAAAGAUAUGGACUACGCCGUCCUCCCAAUCGACAACCAACUCAUCGAGCAGAUGAUUGAGAAGUUUAUCGGAAACGGAAAGAUCGAGUUCAACGAGAUCCGCCGCCUCCUCAACCAGGAGCACGAGAUUGAGUCCCACCAUGCCGCCUACUUCUACGAGGCUAUCCGCAAGUUCCCAACUACCCUCGGACUUCCACUCGUCAUCACCGGAAAGGUUCCAACGGUUUUCUCGAUUGAGGGACAAGUCUCCCUUGAGCUUGAGGGAACCGAGCUCCGCUUCACCGCUGAAGCUCGCCCAUCUGUUGCUGCCACCCACAUCUACGAGAUGAGAAUGUUCACUCCACUCUUCGAGCAGGGAGUCAAGAACCUCCAAUCCGUCCGUGCUUUUACUCCAGUGAAGAUCCAGGCUGUCGCUGGACUCAAGAAGAACUUCGAGAUCGUCUACAAGGUCGUCGUCCCAGAGAACCAGAAGUCGGUCGUCGCCCUCACCACCCGCCCAGUCGUCUUCCUCCGCUACCCAGGGUUCUCUCAGUUUGAGUACAUCGAGGCUGAGGAGAGAACCGUCGUUAUCCCACAAUGGCAACAGAAGACCCAGGAGGUCGAGAAGGUUCACAACUUCCUCGGACUUGAGCUCUCUACUCGCGGAAACAUCCUCAACCAAUGGACUCUUGAGAACUGGCUCCUCGCCGAGCAGGACUUCGAAGUCUCCAUCGAGAACAAAAACCGCCCAGCUGAGUUCACCGCCCGCUUCACCGCUACCCCAUUCGAGAAGGUCGAGCUCUCCCAGAUCAAGUUCAACGAGAUCUUUGAGAAGGAAUUCGAGCUCGAGCAAGGAAACACCGAGAACCGCCGCCAGUACUUCUCCAAGAUGGUCAAGAACAUCCAGAAGGAGCAGGGUUACAAGAACGUCAUCACCCUCAAGCUCGAGGCCCCACGUGACUACACCAUGAACACCGAGUUCACCACCAUCUGCGACAAGCAGGUCCGCAUGUGCCAGUGGGAGGUUGAAGCCCGCCGCUCCCCAAUCCUCGAGGAGUCCAAGGAGUGGACUCUCCGUUCCCAGCUCGUUGCCGUCCGCCCGGAAAUGCCAUCUUCCCUCCGUCAGCUCCGCGAGCAGCCACACCGCGAGGUCCAGCUCUCUCUGACUUCCACCUGGGGAGCCCAGAAAAAGAAUCAGAUCACCGUCAACGCCCAGCUCCAACAGUCCAAGGAACAGAAGAAGUACGAGCGCAACAUGGAGCGUCAGUUCAAUGGAAUGCCAGAGUACGAGCUUCUGAUCAAGGCCGCCCGUCUCAACCAGAUCGACGCCGUUGCCGAGUACAAGCUGACCCAGGAGACCGAGCAAAUCCUCUCCCGCUACUUCGACCUCGUCAAGGCCUACAACUUCUGGACCGUGUCGACCCGCCCAGAGAACAACGAGGAAAACCGCGUCGUCCUUCAGGUCACCGUCGAGCCGCUGUCCCGUCAAUUCGCUAACAUCACCGUCCAGACCCCAGAGCAGCGUGUCGAGCUCAAGAACACCCAGAUCCCGCAGAUCUAUCUUCCAUCUAUCGCUCAGCGCUCCGUCAAGCACCAGCUUAACCAAGCCUCCGGAUCCGUCUGCAAGGUUCAGAAAAACCAGAUCCGCACUUUCGAUGAUGUCCUUUACGAGACUCCACUCACCACUUGCUAUUCUCUCGUCGCCAAGGACUGCUCCGAGGAGCCAACCUUCGCCGUUCUCACCAAGAAGGCCCAGAAAAACUCUGAGGAGUUGAUCGUCAUGGUCAUCCGCGGAGAGCAAGAGAUCAUCGCUCAGCUCCAGAACAACGAGAUCCGUGUCACCAUUAACGGAAAGAAGGUCCAAUCUGAGAACUUCGACGAGCAGAACAUCGAGCUUCUCGGAGAAGCCGCCAUCGUUAUUGAGCUGCCAGAGGGAGAGGUCCGCUUCGACGGAUACACCGUCAAGACCCAGCUCCCAACUUACUCCCGCCAAAACCAGCUCUGCGGACUCUGCGGAAACAACGAUGACGAGGUAUCAAAGACUAGAACAUAUAUAUCUUAAAAUUUCCAUUUACAGAACACCAACGAGUUCUACUCUGCUGACAACACCGAGACCAACAACAUGGAGGAGUUCCACCGCUCGUACCUUCUCAAAAACGAGGAGUGCCAAUCCGAGGAGGAGCGUCUUUCUGAGAAGAAGAACUACAAAAAGUACGAAAGAGACGAGGAGGAGUCCGAUGAGUCUGAUGAGGAGUACGAGAACGAGCCACAGUACACCAAGAACAACCAGAAGAACCAGAAGCAGUCCCGUAAGUUUGUUGAACCCCCUUCUCAUUCUACAAAAAGUUUGUCGUUUUCAGAGACCGUUGAGAAGACCCAAAUCAAAGAGUUCUCGCACCGCAUCUGCUUCUCCGUUGAGCCAGUCACUGAGUGCCGCCGUGGAUUCGAGGCCCAACAUGAGUCGCCAAGAAAGAUCAAGUUCACCUGCUUGCCACGCCACAACAGAGACGCCCGCCGUCUGUUGAAGGAAUCCCGCCAGCAGCCACUCGAGCUCAACGACUACCCAGUCUCGUUCGUCGAGUCCGUCAAGGUCCCAACCGCCUGCGUCGCUUAUUGA